GAAGUCCAUGCAAGAACCUUAGUCAGUGCUCGGAUUUCGUCCGGUCCGGUCUGGUUGGGUUGUGUUCGCUCGGUGUUUGAACUUCUGGCAUGUGUUGCUAGCAGAUUGAUUACAAUUGUCGGCUUGGAGAUUUGUCGAUAUUGACCAAUACCUACGGGGGUACUGUAACUUGAGGCUGAUUCUCUCGCUUAAUUAGCCUUUCUCAUUGCGAGACGAGCCAAUACUUGGAUGUCGGUUUCCAAGCCCACUCACUUAGCACUGCAGUCUUCAUGCUGAAGGGUCGUAUUUGUUCAUCGCAGGAGGAAGGUUCUUGACAUGGGGGAUUGAGCGAGUGAGACAUUUUUGGGGUCCCGCGAUUUGUUAGGGAUCUUGCCUCGCUCGAUUAGUAACAGGGUAUUUGAGAUUUGCUGUGAUUAAGCAUGCAUUGCGCUGCACUCGCGCCCUGGAAUGGACAUGAGCGACGCGCACACCGGCUGGCACGGCUGGCAGCGGGCGCAGAUAUGGGGUAAUAGCAUGCGAAGUGAUUUGAUUCCACCAAGGUGUAAGAUGGGUUUGGGCGGUGGUAGUUGUUGACUUAGAAGCGGACGAACUGCCUCGACGCCAUACUGUACACUGCUAAGCUACGAUGGCGAGUGACAUAUGUGUAUAUAAACAUACUUGUAUCAUCUUGUCUCUCCUUCAGAGCUGAAUCCAUCCAUCCAUCUACCAUUGACAAAAGCACCCAAAACCCUCCGCCCAGAGUCAUCGCAGCCCAGUCUACCACUUCUCCAACUAGUCCACCAUCAGCUCAAGUAUCACAAUACAAUGCCUCUCUCGACCAACGAGCAGACCAACAAGACGGCCUCCGAGCUAGUCGAAACAAUGAGAGGUGCAUUCAGCACACCACCGCAAUUCCGACCAGCUCACGCACGAGGCAUUCUCCUCCAGGGGACAUUCACACCGACACCCAUAGCUCGCGAGCUCAGUUCAGCCGAGCACUUUACCGCACCGUCGACCAGUGUGAUUGUGCGAUUCUCCAAUUCAACCGGUCUACCACAGAUCCCCGACAACGCAAGCGACGCCAAUCCGCACGGAAUGGCCGUUCGUUUCUUGUUGUCCGACGACGCCCAAACCGGCCGACGCAGACAUACCGACAUCAUCGCGCAUUCGACGCCGUAUUUCCCCGUACGCACAGGCGAGAUGUUUCUAGACCUGCUGCACGCGAUUGGAGCCUCUUCAAAACCAGAUGCACCUAAAAAUCCGUCACCAAUUGAAGAGUAUCUCAGCAAAACACCGUCAGCCGCAACGUUCGUCAACGCCCCUAAACCGACGCCAGCCAGCUUCGCGACCGAAAAGUACUUCGGCGUGAAUGCAAUCAAGCUCGUUGCGGCUGAUGGUAAACCCACUUUUGUGCGCUACCGCAUCGUCCCGGACGCUGGGGUGUCCCAUCUCAGCGCCGACGAGGCCGCGGCCAAAGACCCGGCUUUUCUGCACAAUGAAAUUCAGACUCGCGUCAUUGAUGGCGGAGCUUCUUUCACAUUGACUGCGCAGGUCGCGGAACCCGAAGAUCCCACGGAUGAUGCGACGGUGUUGUGGCCCGAAGAGCGCAGAGUCGUCAAUCUCGGUACGAUUAGAGUUGAUGGCGUUGUCGAGGAUAAUGAUGAGAAGCAGAGGACUAUCAUUUUUGAUCCGGUCCCAAGAAUCAAAGGCGUCGAACCGAGUGAUGAUCCGUUGCUGGAUAUGCGUGCCGCUGUGUAUUUGAUUUCGGGGAAGCAGAGGAGGGAAGCGGGAGGGUAUCAUUGAGAAUUAAUGAAGAAGAAGGGGUGGCUUCGCCUGUUCUUGUGCCGUCUCAUGGGUCGUGAGUAGACUUCCCUUCCUUAACCGACCUCGAAGGCAUGUACUAUAGGUAUGGCAAUGGUCGUUGAGGUUACCAAUACCUGGGUAAGGGUGUCCAUAGAGAUUGUGCUGGUGCCCAGUUUGUGGUCGCAUUUUCAGUCGUGUCACUUCAAACAAACUACAAUGUUAGUGAUAGAUAUGGUUGUUCUCUUUCACCUGAUAAGCAUGAUAGACAUCACAAACCUGACAUAGGCCUGGCACAUGUGUUAACGUCAGGAUCAAUGGAAGCGUUGA